UUCAGUGGUGCUGACAGGUUCAUCCGCAUCUCUAGUCCUUAUUUGUCCUGGACUGAUGCUCAGGCUUACUGUCGAUCACAUCACACAGACUUGGCCAGUGCUCUUAACAGUUCAGAUAACAACUUCCUGUUUCAGUUGUGGAAUACCCAGGGUGAUUCCUGGAUUGGGCUCUACAGAGACACGUGGAAGUGGUCAGAUGGGACACCUGCAACAAACCUUCCAUGGGUUCCUGGAGAACCUGAUAAUAAAUAUGGCAAUGAGAACUGUGCAUCGCAAAUUAACAAAGUGUUCAAUGAUUAUUUAUGCGGCACACCAGCCUAUUUCUACUGUCACACCAUUCUACCAGUGAGGGAACAGCAGAUAUUGAGACUGCAGGUGAAGUCUGAUGGCAGUGUGUUAGAUCCUGCUGUACAGUCGUCUAUUUUAGAGCAGAUCAAGCAGAAACUGGCAGAAAAAGGCAUGUUGGAGAACACCACAGUGACCUGGAGGGUGCAGACAGAUGGAAACAUCUUCCAGAAGAAAAACAAGGAUGAUCUGUAAUGUCUAGGUCAGGGAUGUCACACUUAGAUACAGUCUGUCAGCAUUUUUGAGACAUUCUAAAAAGCUUUUAAAGUCUUUUUUGUUUUCACAUAUCUAAUAUAUUCCUUUAACUAACACCAAUAACUGACUCAGAAAAUAGAAUGUGUAUUUCUAUAGGAAAACGAAGGGCUAAUAGAAACUUUUAAAUGCCUGCUAGAGUUUACUAUAAAAGAAACUUGGAUCAGGAUUUAUAAUAUAAUAUGUAAAUUUCUAAAUUAUUAACAUGCUGUUAUUCAACCUCUGUAAAACUUCCAUAUAUUUACUCCAGGGCAAAACUAUUAAUAUGGGCAGAUUUCUUAAUAAUAAAUCACAAGUUGGUGGGACUCAUACUUACUCAUUCAUCUGUACAGCUCAGAAAACUAGUCAUGAUUUUAUUUUGGAUUCUUCUUAAGUGCUCUGAAAUUCAUUUCUGGUCAUUCCACUGUCAGCAGAACAUAUAACCUGACCACCAGCUGUGGUAUUUUAUAGUGACUGCCUUCAGACAUCACUAUGGAUCUGCUGUGAAUUCUGGAGUGUACAAUGAGCUUUUUUUAUUAUUUAUUUUCAUACCAAAAUACCUGAUGCUGUGAGCUGGAUUUAGCCUUUAAUCCUGGUGUUGGACACACAUGGUCUAAUUGAUUUUUUUAAAAUAAUUAUUUAACAGACAACAUUUCCGCUUUACACCAGUAGGGGGAGCGUUAGCAUCUGUUUAAAGUAUACGGAAUUUUUGUGGGCAGUUUGUAACACACCCUUUUUGACUUCACCGCCUCAAAUGACAAUAGUUUUACAGAAAAUAUUUAAAAUUUAACACAUUGAAGUGUUUACUGUUAGUGGCCACUCAACAUGAUGCAGAGGGCAAGUCUCUUUCUAGAAUAAUCUUAAUAUAAAAGUUAUAGAAUGUGAUAGAAUUUCUAAUCAAUGAUAUGGGACAUAAACAGUCAAACAUACUUGCUGCAAUUAAUGUAUUUUUUUCUUUUUAAAAAUGCUAUUUUAUUUUUCUACACACAUUAUAAUAUACAUAGGGCCAAUAAAAAUCUGCGGUCACUAAUUCACAGUCAUAAUAGAAUUACGUUUAUUAUGGCCUGCUAUUACUAAUUCAAUAUACAGCAUUUUUAUAUUCACCAUCACAUCACUUCAAAACUGUCCUCAUAUCAUCAACAAACAGAGAAAAGGGUCAGAAUUU